AAUCCUUUAUCAGCUGAUGUUACUUUAGCGGCCUCCAAUGACUUUGGAACAUUCCCACUCGUCUUCUCAAAGGAGAUCCUAGACGACCCGACCAAAGCUGAACAUGUUGCUGUCACAAAGUCUAGAUUGCAGGUACCGUCCAACAGUUCCAAUGGGUUCUUCCUUUGGAUAUAUCCCACAACUCUUGGCAACAUUAAACUACGGAUCACAGCAGUAUCGGCAAAAAAAACUGACAUUGUGGAACAAAGCUUGCUGGUGGAGCCAGAGGGAAAGACAGAGUAUGGAGUAAGCUCUAUCAUUAUCAACCAUGAUGAAGUAACAACUGCAGAAUUCAUGAUGGAAGCCUUACCAACAGAAGGCUCCAUAGUGGUUGAUGGAUCCAAGUCAACCUAUAUUGCUGUCACAGGUGAUGUGAUGGGGCCCACCAUUGACAACCUGGACCAGCUAGUCAGACAACCCUGUGGAUGUGGGGAGCAGAAUAUGAUCACCCUCGUCCCCAACAUAUUUGUCCGUAAAUACCUCGAAGCUGUCAAAGAUGUUGUGGAUCAGUCCUUGGUGGAUCUUACAAACAAGUACAUGACAUCAGGCUAUCAAAGGGAACAGACUUACAGGCACAAGGAUGGAUCAUAUAGUGCCUUUGGAGAGAGUGAUCCGUCUGGAAGCACCUGGUUAACUGGUUUUGUUGUGAAAUCUUUCACCAUGGCUAAAAAAUUUAUCCCUGUGACUGUUGACGAGGCUGGGAUUUCUGAAAGUGUGGACUGGUUACUGACCCAGCUGAAUGCUAAGACGAACAUCUUCAAUGAACCUGGCACUGUGAUACACACCGAAAUGAAAGGUGGCACCAGCAGUUCAAAGUUCACCCUCACCGCUGUUCUAUACAUCAGUUUGAAGGAAGCCAUGGCGGCCAUGCCAUUGACCGCAGCGAAUCUGGAUACCAAGCUGGCCAAUGUUCUGACUGCCUUGGAAACUAACUACCAACAAAACAAAGAUGCUUGGGUGAGGGAGGAAAAGUACUUCCGCCUGGCUAUUAUGGCAUAUGCUUUUGCCUUGGGAGGCAGUUCCCAGACUUCUGACGUUCUACAAAAACUGAAGGACCUUUCCAAACAAGAGAGUAAGUCUUGAACACAAACAUAAAAGUUUGUAUAUCUUUAUCAG